CAGCCGGCUUCCGUGUGCGGCCGCCGCUUCCUCAGGCUCCCGGCGCGGUGGGGCAGCUCGCGGCGUGAACGCUGAAGGCGGAGGGUCGCGGGCGCGCGGAGGCCCGCAGCCCAGCAGUCCCGCGCAGACGGGCGGCGGCGGAGGUCGGCGCCAUCCGGGAGGCCGACGUGGCGCCAUGUCGGCGGGCGGCCCAAGCCCGGCGGCCUCCGGAGCGGGUCCCGGGGCCGCCGCCUGCGCCGCGGGGGUCUCCCCGGGCGGGGUGUCCAUGUUCCGGUGGCUGGAGGUGCUGGAGAAGGAGUUCGACAAGGCCUUCGUGGACGUGGACCUGCUGCUGGGCGAGAUCGACCCGGACCAGGCGGACAUCACCUACGAGGGGCGGCAGAAGAUGACGAGCCUGAGCUCCUGCUUCGCGCAGCUGUGCCACAAGGCGCAGACCGUGUCGCAGAUCAACCACAAGCUGGAGGCACAGCUGGUGGACCUGAGAUCUGAACUGACAGAGACUCAAGCAGAGAAAGUCGUGCUGGAGAAGGAGGUGCAUGACCAGCUGUUACAGUUACACUCCAUCCAGCUGCAGCUUCAUGCACAAUCUGGGCCCAGUGUUGACUCUGGUACCAUCAAGGCAAAACUGUCUGUCCCCUCUGUGGAAGAGCUGGAAAGAGAGCUUGAAGCAAACAAAAAAGGAAAAGUGAAGGAAGCCCAGCUUGAAGCGGAAGUGAAAUCGCUGCGCAAAGAGAACGAAGCCCUCCGCAGACACGUCGCAGUGCUGCAGGCCGAGGUGUACGGGGCCCGGCUGGCGGCCAAGUACCUGGACAAGGAGCUGGCGGGGCGGGUCCAGCAAAUACAGUUACUAGGACGAGACAUGAAGGGGCCGGCUCAUGAUAAGCUUUGGAACCAGUUAGAAGCUGAAAUCCAUUUGCACCGGCACAAGACUGUCAUCCGAGCCUGCAGGGGACGGAACGACUUGAAACGGCCCAUGCAGGCACCUCCGGGCCACGAUCAAGACUCUUUGAAGAAAAGCCAAGGCGUUGGUCCCAUUAGAAAAGUUCUUCUCCUUAAGGAAGACCACGAGGGCCUCGGCAUUUCAAUUACAGGUGGGAAAGAACACGGUGUUCCAAUCCUCAUCUCUGAGAUCCACCCUGGGCAGCCUGCUGACAGAUGUGGAGGCCUGCACGUUGGGGAUGCCAUUCUGGCAGUCAAUGGAGUUAACCUAAGGGACACAAAGCAUAAGGAAGCUGUAACCGUACUUUCCCAGCAGAGGGGAGAGAUUGAAUUCGAAGUGGUGUACGUGGCUCCCGAAGUGGAUUCUGAUGAUGAGAAUGUGGAGUAUGAAGAUGAGAGCGGCCAUCGUUACCGUCUGUACCUCGAUGAGCUGGAAGGCGGUGGCAACCCUGGUGCUAGUUGCAAAGAUGCCAGUGUGGAGGCCAGAGUGUUCCCAGGGUAUAAUAAGAAGGCAGUCACUGAUGCCCAGGAGAAUGGGGACCUGGGAACUUCAAGUGAGACUCCGCUGGAUGAUACUGCUUCGAAAUUAGAUGACCUGCACAGUGGUCUGUAUCAUAAAAAGUCUUUCUGAGCAUCUGCAUCUCCAGACAGGAUUGCUCAUCAGACUGUUUUGAGUUGGGGGUACCAGAGAGGAUGAUGACAAAGACCAUCCCAGGUCCAGAGAGGCUGCUUGUUGCCUAGAGAAAGGCAGGUACGUCAGUCAGGGCUUCAUGCGAACAGUUGGAAACGCACAACCCCCUUUUUGUGGUACACCACAGUUAGUAUUGCAUGUAAGGCAGUUUUGAUUUACCUGAAGUUGUAAGCACCAAAGCAUGUGUUUCCCAAAGGAAUAUUGUAUUACUAGGCUCUUAAGUACCAAAUGAAGCACUACUGUUAUAUUUGAUUCCUUUUCUUAUGUAGAAGCAGGACAGUGCCAACUGGAAUUUUAUUAAAAAUAGCCAUUAUCCAGGAGAGUAAGGGAGUUCACAUUAUGUAUUUCAGAAUGUUAACUGGUGUUUCGAAGGGCAGAACUGACUCAGCGAAUUGAGUCUACACAAUGCAAGUAGACGUGUCGGCUUAAUUUUUUAUUUUAACUGAAAGAAUGGUUUUAGGUUUUUUAAAAAAUGUAUUGUGCAUCCUGAUGCCUAAAUUCUUUAUGGUCAUUCACUGUAAUGGGUUUGCCUUUGAGCUUCAUUCAGUGCAGUACAAAAUAGUUUUCUUUAAGCAAUCCUUUAUAAAUCAAUGGUACACUAGAAGUGUUUCUGAAAAGUUACUGUAAAUUUUACUUUUGGAUUUUAAAGAAAAUGGGGAUGAGUAUAAAAUACCUGUUCUCAGUUAUGUUGAUGUGUAUGCAUGGUAUUGGGCCGUUACAUUAUUAAUGUUUAGUCUCAAAUGUUUAUUUUCUGGGGACCGUGAAAAAGUUUUGUACCCUUUGAGUUGUUCGUAGUUUGUCUUGUGGUAGUCCUGGCCCAUGAAGAUAAAUUUUUCUGGCAGAAAAUGCUCGCAUUUGUACUGCGCCAUGCAGUACUCUGAGCUUAAAAGAGCAGUUCUAAGUACCUGGCUUGCCAGCCACCUGCAUAGCCGGAGGCUGAGGUGGACAACAGGAGGCCAUGACCCUUGCUUGGGUUGCACUUGCGUUAGUGUGUGUGUGACUGGAGCUUGGCGGGCGCACACCUCAGCUUGCUCCUUGUCCCGGGGUAAGCAGAGCGCCUCCUCUGUUUGCUACUCCACAGGCUGUCCUAGCCUUCCGACAAAAACGAAACACUGCAUUUGAAGAGGCGGUAGUUCUGCUCCUGUCACUGUUUUAAAGAAGUAGACUUUUAAGGGCAUCUUACAGGGGAGAAAAGCCUGCAAGGCUUCUAGAUUAUCGGUGUCUCAUUUCUAGUAUUCAGAUGCCAUGUUGAUAAAACAUUUGCUUGCCUUUCUCUGAUGCACUAUAUAUUUGUUCAAAGUUAAAUCUAUAAACUGUAUAUACUUUAUUUCAUGAUUUUGCUAUUUAUAAAUUUAUGUUACAACAGGAGCUCAGUUUGUUUUGGGUGGCUUUAUUCAUCUGUGUAUCACCGUUUUAAUUUGUAACAGUGUAUAUUGUUACUGAUAUUAAAAUACUUUGUAGUAUAACAUUGCCUCUAA